GCGACCAUGGAUGUAUAAAGAGCAACCUCUCGUGCUCUCGCCGUGUUGCUAAUGUACAUUUACUGAAUAUAAAGAAGGAAAUUCGCGGCGACAGAGGCCGGUAGCAGUUUGUCAGCUGCUAUUGUUUGGAAUGCCGCCACUGGACGAGUGGAUACUCGGUUAGAAAGCAGCAAGCUAGGAUAAGCUAGGAUAGAUAUGUUAUUGAUGAAAAUGUCUUAAUAGCUUGGCGACAAUGUAACACAUGUGUGAUAAUUUGAUUUGGAACGGUGUGACAUUCACUGUCAGCAUCGCUUGUUUUGACAAACACUAUUAAGAGCUGAUACUUGGUGCUACUGCGUGAAGCUUUUUUAAUACUAAAUGUAGUUUUCUGUCCCAGAUAGCACAGUCCCAUCAUCUAGAUAUCUCUCAUUCACCAGCGAUUACCAAAAUAUCAGACUUACCUGUCUUGGAAGGGGGUCUGGUCGUUUUAUUGCAGGUUUUAUUUACUAAUGGCAAAGGAAAGAUGUACAACACAAUGGAACAAAACAGGGGACGCCUCAACGCUGCGAAACAGGAAAAUCUGUCCCACCUCAGAAAAGACCCCAUCCACUCCUUUGCCAAAGGACAGAAACAGUCAAACUGCCGGACACUUACCAGGAGGUGACACCCAGUCCUCAAAUGGGACAUGUGCUCAGUUUUCCGCCAAAGGGAAUGUCAGAAGCGAGCCCCCAAGCAGGGUGGUGCUGCUGCUGGUGCUGGGGCUGUCUCUCUCCACACGCCUCUACAAGAUCACAGAGCCCCCUCAUGUGUGCUGGGAUGAGACGCACUUUGGAAAGAUGGGAAGCUACUACAUCAACAGGACCUUCUUUUUUGAUGUGCACCCUCCUCUUGGAAAAAUGCUGAUAGGUCUCGCCGGUUACAUGACCGGUUAUGACGGCACCUUUCCUUUCAUAAGGCCGGGAGAUAAAUAUGAACACCACAAUUACUGGGGGAUGAGAGGAUUUUCCGCCGUGUUGGGCUCCUUUCUCCCAGUCUUCGCCUACCUCAUAGUGCUGGAGUUGUCUCAGUCUCACACUGCUGCUCUCAUCUCCGCCACCCUGCUCAUAUUUGACACCGGCUGUAUCACCAUUUCCCAGUACAUCCUGCUGGACCCAAUGCUCUUGUUCUUCAUCAUGGCAGCAGUGCUGAGCAUGGUCAAGUUCAACCAGCUGAGAUACAGACCUUUUACUGCCUCCUGGUGGCUCUGGCUGGUACUGACUGGUGUAAACCUUGCCGGGGCAUUGGGGGUGAAGUUUGUGGGUCUGUUUGUCAUCCUGCUGGUGGGCCUGAAUACUGUCUGGGACCUUUGGAGACUUUUGGGAGACCUGAGCCUCUCACUGGUGGACAUUGCCAAGCAUUUCCUGGCUCGGGUUGUUGGACUCAUCCUGCUUCCACUCUUCCUCUAUGUCACAAUAUUUGCAGUCCACUUUGUUGUGUUGAACAAAAGCGGACCAGGAGAUGGUUUCUUCAGUUCAGCCUUUCAGUCCCGUCUCAUCGGGAACAACCUGCACAAUGCAUCCAUGCCCGAGUACUUGGCAUAUGGGUCCACCAUUACAGUAAAAAACCUCCGUAUUGCUGGAGGCUAUUUGCACUCUCAUUGGCACUUGUAUCCGGAGGGAGUGGGAGCAAAGCAGCAACAGGUGACAGCCUAUCUCCAUAAGGACUACAACAACCUGUGGCUCGUUCACAGACAGGAUGAUAAUGACUCUCGAUCGGGGACACCUGAUCUGGUUCGUCAUGGUGACAUCAUUCGACUGGAGCACAAAGAAACAACCCGUAACCUUCACAGUCACCUCCACGAGGCCCCUCUGACCAAGAAGCACUUCCAGGUUACAGGCUAUGGCAUUAAUGGCACAGGAGACUCCAACGAUGCGUGGCAGGUGGAGGUAUGUGGAGGCCGAAAGGGUGACCUGGUGAAGGUGCUGCGUAGCAAAGUCCGCUUUCUGCACCGAGCUACCGGCUGUGUGCUUUACUCCUCCGGCAAGACUCUCCCAAAGUGGGGCUGGGAACAGGUGGAGGUGACCUGUAGUCCCUACUUGAAGGAGACUCCAAGCUCUCAGUGGAACAUCGAAGAUCAUAUCAAUCCCAAAUUGCCCAACAUUAGUUUGUCUGUGCUGAAGCCCCAUUUUCUGGAGAUCUUACUGGAAUCCCACAUCGUUAUGUUAAGAGGUAACAGUGGCUUGAAACCCAAAGACUAUGAGAUGAAGUCAAAACCCUGGCACUGGCCCAUCAGCUAUCAGGGACUGAGGUUUUCUGGAGUGAAUGACACAGAUUACCGUGUUUACCUGCUGGGGAACCCGGUGGUCUGGUGGAUGAAUCUGGCCAGUUUGGGACUGUAUCUGAUCAUGGUGGCGGUGGCGUCCAUAGCCCUCCACAGAGGCUUCUCAUUGAGCCAAAAAAGAAUAGAGCAUUCUCAUGUGCUUAAGAGAAAAGGAGGACUGCUGCUCCUCGGUUGGCUGCUGCACUAUGCACCUUUCUUCACUAUGGGCCGUGUGCUCUACUACCACCACUACUUCCCUGCGAUGCUCUUCAACAGCAUGCUAACAGGAAUUACAUUAGAUAUUCUGUUGGAAAGCGCUGACCUGCUCCUCCAUCCACCUUAUUCUGAUUGGCUGCAGAGAGUCGCCCUGAUGGUACUUCUGUUUAGCGUUCUUUACAGUUUCUACCUGUUCCAUCCGCUCUCCUAUGGCAUGACGGGUCCCCUGGCACACGAGCCAGGCAGCGCCAUGGCAGGCCUGAGGUGGAUGGAGUCCUGGGAGUUCUAAUCAGCUUUGUAUGAAGAAGACAAUAAUAAUGUGAUGUAUAAAAACUGUUCUUAUGGUCUUAGAGGGUUUACACAAACAGGUAGUUUUCAUAAGGUACUAACUGUAUACACUGCUCUGAAUUUCUAGCUAUUUAUUUGUCUCUACAUUUCCAGUUGUUGUAGUCUAUAAUGUAUAAAUAAUGUUUUAUAAGACAGACCUGAGUCAGUGCAAUAUGAAAUCCAGACCGUUGUGGAGUUUUUUUAAAAUAAAGAUGUGGAAACUAAUCUUUAUCAAGCUGCCUUAACUCACAACACAUCUCACAUCCUGGACUUUAUAUGUACAUGUGGAAACUGUAUGUCAUAAUAAUAAGCUAAAGUGCCUGAAAGGAGGGAGUGAAAAUACAUCUGAAAAGUUCUAAUGCUGCAUCUUUUUUGGGUCAGUUUCAAAGAAAACACUUUUUGUUACAUUGGUAUGUGUGGUAUGAGCUCUCCGAGACUGUAUUUUUGUGUGUGAUUGUCUUGAGCUUAGUGCCCUGUAUUUUUGUAUUAGUGCUGGCUUCUGUUUUUACAUUAUAAGACUACUUUCAGUGUCAUGUGUACAUUUCGGUAUGAUUAAUAAACUAUGA